AUGUAUCUAAUCAUUUAUUGCAUUGUCCAUAUUUCGAUUGCUGUUUAGACUUUAAGAUAAGUGCAGGAUUAAAAUGCCUUGUGUUUGGAUGGUACAAGAGCUAGUUACUAUUAUGAAUAAGGAUAUGGAGAUGGAGCAGACAAAUAUUUGAUCUUUUACGAGGGGGGAGGAUGGAUUCAGGGAUUCGAUUAAGCUGAAUUGUUGCAACAGGCAUAUGAUCGUUCUAAUACGAAUAUGGGAAGUUCAAAGUUUUCGGCAGCAACAACUUAGAUGGAUGGAUUGUUCAAUAGGAAUCAAAACGUGAAUCCUUACUUUUACAAUUGGAAUACGAUAUUUGUUAACUAUUGUGAUGGAACAGGACACUAAGGGUAUAGGGCUUAACCUUUGUAAAUAAAAGACAAGACUAUAUGGAUGAGAGGAGAAUUAAUAUUUAAAUCAAUAUUUUCAGAGCAUUUGUCAAAGCUGAGUUAGGCAAAAAAGGUUGUGGUAUCUGGUUGUUCUGCAGGAGGACUAGCUGCUUUUAGUUGGAUACAAUACAUUAGAGAUCGGUUACCAAGCAGUGUCUAAGUUUUGUUAGCUCCAGAUUCAGGUAUCUUUCUGGAUUUGCAACCAUAUGACGGUGCUUAGGCUGCUAGUGAUAGAAGAUAGAAACAAUAUCAUAAACUAGUAAACGAGGAAGUGGAUCCAAUAAAUGAAUACUGUGUGAAAAGCUAUCCAAAUGAGAAGUGGAAAUGUCAUUUUGCUUAGUAUCUCCUACAAUACAUCAAUGUGCCUGUGUUCUUUAUGCAAUCUUUGUAUGAUACAGCAUGUAUUCCAAAUAUAUUGCAUAUAUAUAAUGCUUGGGAUUACACAUUAACAAGAUGUGACAACAAAGAGAGAACUUGCAUAGAGGCAAUGCAAAAUUAGCAGAUCCUAAAACUGGAGCAUUUGGUGUUGCUUGUCUUGAACAUUGGUAUCAAAUUUAGUAUUAUUGUAGCUUCACUCAAAAAUCGAUAUUCUACACUCCAAACUGGGCCAUUCCUAACGGAUCCUCAUGGACUAUUGCUAAUUCUCUUGGAUAAUGGGUGCAAAACCUAGAGGUGA